GCGGACUCGCAAAUGACAUUAAGCAGAUCAUUAACUAGGUUGGGUUAGCUACUAAAAGGGCUAACCAACCCCCCACACAUCACUUCUUUCCCGCCUCGUGUUAUAGUCCGAAAGGCUCACCUUUCCCUACUUUAAGCCGCAGGAACAAGCCCAAUGUGCAUCCUCCGGUUAUAGUAUGUUUAGAACCUCUAAUUCUACAUCAACCCUAUCGGGUUAUUUUCUCGUUUCCGCAGUGAUUGUUAGUAACAAGUUGAGGAAGACGUCGAUCAAGAUGAUUUGUAAAAAACAAUUUGUCAGAACCGAAAAUGUGAUCUUCGGCUCAUUCAAUGGCCCUCAUCACCAUCUCAGGUUACCCCUCCUCUGGAAAAUCAACCCGCGCAGCCCAAAUCCACGACUUUCUCUCAUCAACUUCAAGCCCUCAACUCAAAGUAAAAGUCAUCUCAGACGAUGACUUGGCCGUUGAUCGCGUGUCAUAUGAUGACUCCCUUCAAGAAAAGAUCGCCCGCGCAACUCUCUUCACCGCUAUCACAAGGCACAUCGCCAAAGACACAAUCCUUAUCGUAGACGGGAUGAACUACAUCAAGGGGUUUAGGUACCAACUGUAUUGCAAGGCCCGAGAGGCUGGAGUAAGGGUCGCUACGGUCUAUGUACUUGCUACGCCUGAUCAAUGUCAGAAAUGGAAUGAUGAACGAGGAGAUGGGAAGAGAUAUAAACCUCAAACCCUCGACGCCCUCAUCCAACGCUUCGAAGAACCCUCAUCCAUGGUCCGUUGGGACGCUCCACUCUUCACCAUCGCCUGGGACGACCCAACACCCCCACUCGAACGUAUAUCAGAUGCAGUCACAACUGGUAUCGUCAAACCUCCAAACGUCGGCACUCAGAUCACACCCAAAGCACCCACAGACGCCCUCCGCACUCUGGAGCAUACGACAAACGCACUGGUUUCUGCGCUCAUGGCUGUUCAGGGUGCUGGCCCACUCGGGGGACCUAUCGUUCUCACCAUCGAUUCGCUUGAGCAUAGUUCGAAUACCAGUGCCAAUGAUAGUUCUGUUCUCCGUGUUCGCUUAACACUCCCGCAUCGUGCACUGACGCUGUCAGAGCUGCAACGGCUCAAGCGCCAAUUCGUGGCUGCGCGCCGGAAAGCUGUGACAUUGGGAAGCACGGAAAAAGGAAGGGUGGAGUGGGGAGAGGAAGGCGUGGGACGUGCAUUUGCAGAGUUCUUAGAGGAGGGGUUGGGUGUUGCGAGGUGACUUGCACGUUAAGCAUCCAAAACAAGAGCAUUGGUUUUAUAAUCCCGGGAGUAAUACAACACAGGGCUUGUAAUAUGUGGUACGUG